AUGGCUUCACAAUCCACGUCAGCAAGUUCUGAGGCUCGCGAGCUGAAUUUAGUAUCCAACGUCGAAUUCAGAAUCGCGUUAGCAGAUACAGAUGAGAAACUUGAUGCUUUACUCAAUAAAUAUCUGGCUCCUUUACUGCUAAAGUUAGGCUCCGAGAGUCUUGCAGUUCGCAACAAAGUAAUUGCAGUGUGUCAGCAUAUCAACAACAGAGUGCAAGCUCCGUCUAUUAAGCUUCCAGUUGCAGCUUUGCUGAAGCAAUUUAAGGAACAGAAGUCCAAGCUCGUUAGACACUUCGACUUAAUCUAUAUCCAACAAGGGAUUGAUCGCUUGGGAGCCAAUGCAAGGAUUGAGAUCCUGCUUCCAUUGCUCCAAGGGAUUUCCGAAAUUGGAAUAUCGACCGACGACCAAGCGGCUGUUGUGUUUAACCUUGUCUUACGGCUCUUACCUCUCCUGAAGCUUCCGCCAAAGGACAGCACCGAAGACAUACAACUUAAAUCUCGACUAGGCCUAUCCGACAAAGAUACUAAGUUCUUGUCCUCAUGGUUUGAAAAAUUAUUAAUUCUCUUCCCUGCGGAUAAGAACGCCUCCACUUGUCCAGGUUUAUCCCCAGCAGAUUACGCAUUCCUCAACAAGGGUGCUUCCGUAUCCGAAACAUGGAACUCGUCUUCACAUGGGGGGUUGAAUCUUACCGAGACUAAAGCUACGGCUCUAAGGUUUCUCGGUAGCAGAGCCUUCACAGACUCAGAGCGCUUUUUCCCCGCUCUGGUGGCAUCUGCGGACCCAAAUUCCCGGCUGGCUGAUCUUGGCGAGGAAAUAUUGAGGCGCUUCGAACCGGCUCUUGAAGAUGCAGAUGUUGUAAAUCGGCUGUUUACCUUGUACUUCGGUUCUGUGAAACCUGAUGGUGCGACCCCGGCGCGCACUGCGCUACGAAUCAAGAUUCUAGUUCACUUGGGAAAAUCACUCAAGGCUACGACGGAGACAGCUGAUAUCCUCAGGCUGAUUGAAGAGGGUCUUCUCUCGGACGUUGCAAGAUCUUCACAAGGAUUGCAGGCUUCGAAGUUGCGAACGCAGAUCUUCACUUUUACCACGUGGGUAGUUCGCAUCGGAUCCCCCACGGACCUCAGGCAAAUCGCGCCGAAGGUUAUAGCGGGUCUUAGAGACUUUAUUCAUUCUCAGGGGUGGCCGAGUCCAGGGUCCAGUGGACAGAGACUGCCUGCAACGGACCUAAGCUUGCGAGGUCUUGCUUACGAGAGCAUCGGUAUAUUGGUACCGAAGGUAGAUUUUCAAGCACAAGAGGAGAAAAAUGCUAUCUCGGGUUUCGAACUCAUUAGAUGGCUAUUCAUAUCAUUAAGCUCUGACGAUUCUAGCGCACAAAUCUUUGUGAGUAUCGAACAAGCACUAGGAAGCAUUCUUAACUCCUCGGUGGAUAGCUGGGAUAAAAAGUUUCAAGAAAGUUUGCGACCUUUUUUGCUUCGUCAGAUGAACAACCCCGCGGGGCAAGAAGACUCUGUAACUGGGUUUAAGAUCGUUCGUCGAACUCAGUAUGCUGCUGUACGUUUCUCCAAUAGGUUCUUGCCAUAUAGCGAUGUCGUGGCUCGCUGGAUCGACCUCAUGGCUGUGGCAUGUGGGUCUGAAAGACAUCAGGAAGUCGUAGAAGAAGGCAAGAAAGGGCUGCACCCUUAUUGGUACCGUCUUCUAAACCCAACUAAAGACAAGGUAUGGUUUACAUCAGUGACAGCUAACUCACGCUCGUCAUGGUUUAAAUUUCCGAGUUUUUCAGAGGCAGCACGCUUUCUCCUGGGUUCGACUGCAUCCACUGUUGUGCCAGGUCUUUCCGCACCAGAGAUAUUGUCAGGUCCCUAUAAGGAGGCCUUCAACUACACAAUCACUUUUCUUCGCAACAUAUUGCUUUGGGAGUCAUUCUCGGGUUCGAAUAUAAGCAUGGAAAUAGAGCAAGACUGGGAGAUCAAAUUGGACAUGCUUCUUACAUCCGAUGAACAAGCGCGGUCCGCUGUGAAACGCUACAUCGAAAACUCCGACAAAGAAGCUGUACUGCUAUUUCUGACAAGUUCUCUCUCUGGCCUUAGCGGCGGAGCUCAAAAAGGUCUGUUGCAGUGCGGAGAAGACUUCAUCGGUAUUUGCUCCUUAGCUUCGAACGACAUCGUUGAGCCCAUGGUAUCGAAGGUUGCCACGUUGAAAAAUUCCCUCUACAGUAAUGAUCAAGAACUUCAGAACCUGGCAGCACGCGCACUUGGAAUUCUCGCCUCUCACCCUGCAUUUUCGGAAAAUAAACUGAGGGAACUCCUUUCAGAUCUCUCAGUUCCCAUGGGGAGUUGGAAAUCUGCCAUUGGUGAAGUUGUGCUUAGAGUCCGGGGAGCAGUCCUUGCGCUAGCGUAUAUCUUAAGCCGACUGGCAUUCCGCAACUCUAUAUACAAAGCACCUGAAACGACUGUCAACCUAUUCAUUAGCACAGUUUUCGAUAUCAUUAGGGACGCACGCGAUUCUUUGCUUCGACAGUCCGCACAUGUGGCCAUCGGGCAGCUGAGUCUUUCCGGAGUUUUGUCUACGACAGUACUUUCAAACGAUGAGUGGGAGAUUAUCAAUGAUAAGUUAAAGCCGGACGCAAAGGCCGAGAGUGAAAUAGCGAUCACAGCAAUGGGCCUCCUACAUUUAUCAUUUUCAAAGGCCGACCAUAAAGGCCCGCAGUUUACUAACUUCUUGAACUCCUUGUACGACCUACAUGAAAUCCGUAGCCCAGAAACACAUUUCACUGUCGGUGAGGCUUUGAGUGGCGCUGCAGCGGGAUGGACCUCUAAAUCUAUGGCCACGGAAUUUGACGUCGAUGAAAAGCUCCCCACAUGGCAACUCUCUGAUACGGUAUUUGCUGAAAUGUGCGACAAGAUCAUUACUGAUUGCGGCGCAUCAAAGCCUUCACUGAGGAAAGCGUCUUCCAUAUGGUUACUAUGCCUGGUGAAGAAUUGUGGUCACCUACAACAAAUGCAGACCCGCCUGCGUAAAUGUCAAAGGACAUUCACGCGUUUGCUCGCGGAUAGAGAUGAAGUGGUGCAAGAGACCGGGGCCCAAGGUCUAAGCCUUGUGUACGAUAUCGGUGACCAGACGCUAAAGGACGACUUGGUACGUGACUUGGUGGACUCUUUUACGGCAGCUGGCUCCAAUCUUGGGGGAGGUAAAGUCAACGAAGACACCGAACUAUUUGAGCCAGGUGCUCUACCAACUGGAGGAGGGUCAUCAGUCAAUACAUACAAAGAUAUUAUGAACCUAGCCUCUGAGGCUGGCGACCCCACACUUGUGUAUCGAUUCAUGUCCCUGGCUUCGAAUAAUGCCCUUUGGACCAAUCGUGCAGCAUUUAGCAAGCUGGGUAUUAGCACUAUAUUCUCCGAUUCAAGCGCCAAUGGUUACCUGGCCAAGAACCCCAAAAUUUACCCGAAAUUAUUUCGCUACCGAUUUGAUCCGAAUCCAAAUGUACAGCGGUCCAUGAACACAAUAUGGCAGGCGCUGGUCAAGGACCCUGCUGCAAUCGUCAGUGAUCAUUUUGAUGAAAUUAUGGACGAUUUGCUGAAAAGUAUGCUGAUCGGUCGGGAGUGGCGCGUUCGACAGGCAAGUUGUGCUGCUAUUGCGGAUUUAAUUCAAGGGCGACAACCAGAGAAGUACUCUAAUUAUAUGGAGGAAAUCUUUCUAAAAGCGUUCAAGCUUGUAGAUGACAUCAAGGAGUCAGUUCGAUCGGCUGCUCUGAAGCUUUGCCAGACAAUAACUAACGCAGUGAUCCGUACUCUGGAAACAAGUUAUGCCGAGACAAGGCGAGCAGACACGAUGCUAGCAGGCACUAUCCCCUUUUUAUUGAGUGACAAGGGUAUGGAAUCUGAUAUUCAAGAGGUUCAAGGAUUUGCUAUUGGAGCUUUAAUCCAGAUAAUAAAGAAAAGUCCCGGUCAGCUGUUGCGCCCAUUUGUUCCCAGCGUGAUGGAACAAUUCUUGAACUCUCUAAGUUCACUAGAGCCACAAGCAGUCAACUAUGUCCAUCUCAAUGCAGAUAAGUAUGGGUUAACGGGCCAAGAGAUCGACAAAAUGAGGCUAUCCAGCAUACGCACGUCUCCAAUGAUGGAAGUCAUUGAGCGAUAUCUGAUAGAUAUGCUCGACGAAACUAGCAUGAAGGAAUUCGCUGACAGUCUGGAACGCGUGCUUCGCUCUGCAGUUGGGCUUCCAACGAAAGUGGGCUGCAGUCGUGUACUAGUUCUCUUGAGUAUGAGAACAGUCCUAUUUCGCCCUUAUGCGGAUCGUUUCAUCAAGCUUCUUGUAAAAUACGUCGUUGACCGCAAUGACACGGUCAGUGCGUCUUAUUGUACAUCAAUAGGCUACCUCAUGCGACUAGCUUCAGAUGACCGAGUGCUAAAAACAAUUGAACAUGCGAAAACUCUAUAUCUGACUGCGGAAGACACAAGCCAGCGAAUCAUCGCAGCGGAAAUUUUACACUCCACGUCUAAGUUGUCCAACGACCGAUUCAUGGCAUUUGCUGCGACUGCCUUGCCUUUCAUAUUUGUUUCCAGGUACGAUACUGAUGAGCAUGUUCAGGAAGCAUUUGAGAAGACAUGGCAGGACAAUGUGGGCGGUAAUCGUGCGGUAUCGUUAUAUAUAAAAGAAAUUACCAGCCUUGUUUCAGACAAUCUCGAUUCUCCUCGCUGGAUCAUUAAGCAUACUGCAGCAUUGGGGUUUGCGAAUGGCAUCAUGGCACUUGAUUCCGAGCUGGAUCUUGCUACUAGCGAGUACCUAUGGCCUGUUCUGGAGAAAUCAUUGGCUGGGAAAACAUGGGAUGGUAAAGAAGUUGUUGUGAAAGCUUUUGUGAAAUUCACCAGCCAAGCAAAGAAUCUAUGGCUACAGAAGCCUCGAGUUGGUGAUACAAUGAAGGCAAUCGCAAUCAGGGAGGCUAAACGGAUUAACCCAACAUAUCGCCCACAUGCUAUCACUGCUUUUGGUGGGAUUGCUCAAGCGCGCCAAGACCUCAAUUUGAUGUCAGACGCCGUUGAUAUUGUUUCUCGGGUACUCAGUGAAUUUGACGAGGGAGAGGACUCAAUGGACAUCGACUCGGGCAGCGGUCAAAAGAACAAACAAACCAGAGAGGAUACUUUGGUGGCUUGUGUCAGAUGCCUCUUGCAAUGUAUCAAUAUAACAUGCGCGGCAUCGGCUGAGGCUACCAACAGCUAUGUGUCAGAAGUAAAGCGGCUUCUGCAUGAAGCAUCGGAUAAUGGAGGCAGAACCGUGCAGAUUGCGCUGUACGAGGAACUUCGCAUGUUUUUCAGUAGAGCAGCAACAGGGGCUCUAGAAGCACAAAGCAAGGAACCUAAGCUGGGCGAACUGCAAAAGUCUUUGGCGACCCUGGCAGGCGAAAUGUUGUCUCGUCAGAUAGAUGUGACUGCCGAAGCAAUCCGAAGAGAACGUGCGCAGGCCGCAAUGUCAUUCAUUACGCUCUUCAAACAACUUGAUAUUGGGCUUGAUAUCGGUGGGGAACUGUGCGGGCUACUGAAGACCUGGAGGGAGGGCGAAAGAUCCGGGCCGGUGCAGCAAGUCCUAGACCAAGCCUUGGCAAGACUCAUGCAAUGA